AUGCCGCGAGAAAUUAAAGACAUUAAAGAUUUCCUGCUCAAAGCCCGUAGGAAAGAUGCAAAAUCGGUGAAGAUAAAGAAGAACCCAGAGAAUGUCAAGUUUAAAGUGCGUUGUUCAAGGUUUCUGUACACAUUAGUCAUCACUGAUAAGGAGAAAGCCGAAAAGCUCAAGCAAAGCUUACCUCCAGGUCUCCAAGUUAAGGAGGUGAAGUAA